AACACUUCUCCUAGAACGUUAACGUUGUCAGCAUCUGAUAUUUUCUAUUCUGUUGGACUAUUUCAAAUUUAGGCCUUAUCGAAAUUAAUAAAAUCUAAGUUAACUACUAAGUCUACAUCUACAGAUUCGCAUGUUCAUAUUGUACAAUGAGCAUUCUUAAUCUUAAAAUACCGGUACAUAGAAUAGGCCUACUAUUCAGUACGCUUUGGUUAUUCAAUGGCCUUCUCGGAUCUUUGGCAAAAAGUAAAUAAUAAUAAAUCUAUUAAUUGUUAUUUCUAUUUAUCAAAUCACAGUUUAAAUUAAAUAUUAAAAAUAUAAAAAAAAUCCACAUUCAUGCGGCUCAUCAUACAAUUUCAAUAGUUCUGUCAUGUAUUGGCACUAUUGGCUAUACUAUAAAAAAAUUUAAUUCUCUUUUCACAUUAAAUUUAUGUCAAGACAUGUAAAUUAAAAUUUUACUGUUACUUGUUGUCAUGAGGCAAUCAGACAUGGUCCAAUGUAAAUUCGUCUUUAUUUUUUUAAAGAAAACAGGCCUACUUACCUACUAUACUAUGUUGUGUAUUUUAUAGGCCUAUAAAUAAAACUUAUAUUUAUAAGAUAUGGGGCUAGGCCCAUAGUCAGUUGAAUAAGCAUAAUUUAUUACAAUCAUUUAAUAGGAUAUUUUAUUAUAUUAUAAUGUAAUAAAUAUAAAUUGGCUCUUUAUUUAAAUAAAUAAUUAACCUGUGUCUUGGCACAUGAAAUUAUAAUUAUAAGGCCUAUUGAAACUCAUAAUCAUGUUUUAUAACCUACUAAUAGUGUAGAGUAUAGCCAUUCAUUAUAUGUCUAUCAUAGUCUAUGAUUUAGUUUAAAAAUUAAGUUUCAGUUUAACUUCAUCAUAAUGAUAAUGAGUUGUCAUUUUUUAAUUUCACUUGCCAGGUCUCUAUAAAAAUAAAAUUAUUUGCCCAGUGACUCUAAGUGUAAGGUUCUCAAAUUCCAUGGUCCAUAUUUUUAUAAUUGUUUUAUGUAUUUCUUAGACAGUAUGUGUAGUAAUUGGGAGCUGUAUGAUCACAAUUAUCAAAUAUGCUGCAAAGACAAGGUGCAAAAUCGUCUGAAAAACCAGGAAUGUUGUGGUAUGAAUAUAAUAUUAAUUAUUACUGAUAAGAUUUGAGACAUUUUACUAAGAAUAAAUAUAAUGAGAAAGUGUUAGAUAUAAAUUAUAAUGAUAUUGUAGUUAUGCUUUGUUUCUCAUAUAAUUUUUUUUCUUCUAAAUAUUUUAAAUAAACCUUUGUUAUUUUUCAUAGACGGGAACCAAUUUUACAACACAGAUGUAUCACUGUGUUGUGAAAACACGGUGAUGGAUCGCUUCAUAACAUAUGUUUGUCCUCACAACCAAGAACACUGUGAGGAAGAAGAGCUUGUGCAAGAAAAAUGCUCUCCAAAUGAUGUCAACUGUCAGGAGCAAAUGUGUUGUGGGAAAGAUGUUAUUUCUAAAGAGGAUUUUAUGUGUUGCUUUGGCCACAAAAUCGCCCUGACCUCCUCCCAGAGUAAGUGUGCUUAAUAUUGUUUACCUUUAAUUGAAGAGUUUUAAUGAAUUACAAGAUGUCAGUCAGUUAAAUACAGGACAAAAAUGCUCAGUUUAGGAUACAUCAAAUGUUGCCAAAGUCCUCCCCUACCACCUGUAGGAUGAACAAGUUCACUAUUGGUGCCAACUAAAUAUAAAGCAUGUUGAAGUAAGAUCUGUUGGCCCAUCUUGGUUUACCCAAGGCAUCACAGAAAAUAUUGAAAUAUACAGGAAUAAGGGUGACAAUUACUGGAAAAAUGGAAAGAGUAAAAAGACAGCAAAGAAUCAGAUGCCACAUUCUCUGGCAUAUUUUUUUUUUUUAUAUUAUCACAACUAUAAACUACUAUAAGGCUAUAUAUACCAUAAUGGAAAUUGUCUUUAAAAAAUUAAAAUUGAAAAGAAGAUCUUUUUAAAAAAAAAAUAAAUUAAUCUUUUAUUCUCACAAAAUUAAUUUAACUUUCAUAAAAAUAAUUUAUCUUUCAGGAGAAGAGAGAGAUUAUUUGAAAUGUUGCAAUGAAAGCAGCUUGUUUGAUGUCCGCAGUGAAGUUUGCUGUGGAAAGAAAAAACGUUCUUUGGAUAAUCAUAUUGAUUGUUGUGGAGACAUGUUUUACAGACGUGAUACUGGAAAUUGCUUGUUUUUCAUGAAUGAGGCUGGUGAUCUGAAAUUUGACAUCGGAAACAAAAGUGAAGGCAUUUGUGGUGAUCGCAAAUACAAUAAAAAUAAUAAUGGAUGUUGUUCAGGUUUGUUCUUUUAUUUUAGCUUUUUUCUCUAUCUAUUGGGUGUUGGCUCCUUACAAGCCUCUCCUCUUCAAUGAUGUUACAAUAAUCUUUCAUAUGUUGAUAUUUUUAAAAUUUAAGAUUAUUUUCCUAAUCUAUUAAUUACAUAUCCUAUUUGUUUAAAAGUAAUAGUUCUAUUUCACUUUUGGAGACUAACAUUGAUUUUUUUUUUUUUAUAAACUAUUUACACAACUUUUAAAAGCAAAUUAAAUUUUUUUUUACAUUUUUAAAACGGUAAUUGCCUCAUCUUACAUGUCUACAAACUUAUUUUUUUAUGCACAACACAGGAGUUCUAAACAAUGUUCCUGAGUACGAUCCGGAUGUUCCAAAACUUAUUGAACCCAAUCCCAAUUUUAGCUGUUGUGAUUCCUUGGUGAUGAAUCCUGUAGAAGAAAAGUGCUGUAGAAAUCAUCAUUAUCCUAAAUUUCAUACACACAUCAUUCCAAACAGGCCAGAAUUAAAAUGCUGUGGAAAUGGUAAGCCUUCAACAGUUAUUUUAUAGGGUAUUUUCUUAUAAAACAGAAUCAUUAGAGGAUCUAUUGUAUAUCUUACUCAUACUUCAAAUAGCCUUAAGUCUUCUUGUCUCUUUUCUUUUUUUGUCAAAUAGAUACUACAAAAAAAGCCCACUCCAUUCACAGUGACUUCUAGCUAUAAAGAAAUUUAGUUUCAUAAAAAGACAAUAAAUAUAUUAAAACUGCACAUAGGAAUCUUAACUUUAUAUUAGUUUUCAUGAUAUGUGUUACAGAUUCAUUAACUUUUUUACUACUUGUAAUGUGGUACAGGGUUUUACAACACAUCGCAAGAAACUUGUUAUGAUGGAAAAAGUAUCAAAAUAAGACAUGACAAACUUCUAUGUGGUGGGAGUCACUUUGAUCCAGAAUUAUACGGUUGCUGUUUCAAUAAACAUUAUGAUAAGGAUACAGAAUUUUGUUGUGAUGGUAAGCCUUUUUUUAAUAGUUAUUUUUAAAAAAAACAUUAUAUUAUAUGCAUUUGUAUGUAAUUAUUGCUUGUUCCAGUGAUUAAGCUAUUUUUAAUUCACUCACAUAUUCACUUUGGGCUCAUACCAAGAUAAAAUGUUUGCGACAUUGUCUGCAACUAAUAAUAAAUAUUUGCUUGCAAAAAUUUAAAUAAAUUCUAAUUGGUCAUGAAUGAUGACUAUUGACUCUUACUUAAUAGUUCCUGACAAACAAAUUAAUACUCUUCUAUUUUAAAGCCUUUUCAGCUAUCAAUAACUGUGUACACAAACUUAAGAGAUCAUUGAAUACAUUUUUAAAAAAAAAAUGUUACAACAUCUUUUAGUUCUAUACAAAUUAUUUUAAACUCUCAGGUAGUUUGAAUAUCACCGUGAUACCUAAAAACUUUAUCUGCUGCAAUGGAGUUGGGAUAAGUGAUGAUCAUUUGUGCUGUGAUGACACCAUGCCACUUAAGAAAUCUCACCCAGAUGAUAAUGAAUGCUGUUAUAAUGGCCGUGAAGCGGUCGCUACUUUCAAUGCAUUUAAUGAUCAGAGGUGUGUAAAUGGAGCCGUCAUUGAAGGUUAUAAAAAAGGCACAGAACCUUGUGGGCCGAGGGGAUCCUAUAAUGUGGCAACAGAAAUCUGCUGUAAAGGACAUGUGAUCAACAAAUCUGAAGGGGAUCAGUGUUGCGACACGCAAGCCUACAAUAGUGACACGCAUCAAUGUUGUUCUGAUAAGGUCAUCAAUGCUCAAACUCAGCAGUGUUGUUAUGGUGUUAUAUCUAACAUUUCUCCCAAGGAUGGCAGGUAAGACCAUUUUAAAAUAUACAGUUGUCUAAAGCAUUUUUCUAAUCUCCGGUCGUAUAAACUCAAUGACACAUCACUCUGCGCCAUCAUAUGAGGUGAAAUUUAACUAAGUUUUGCAGGCUUUUUGGAAUAAUUGCACAAAAACUUUUGAAAUUUAAAAAAAAAUGUUUUUAAAAAAUAAAAGAAAAGGCCUUGCAAUUUUUAUGCUUUUAUUUUCUUACAUUUUGCGCUCAUGAGCAUCAUAAUAUUUAUAAAUAUUCUUGUCUACUCAGGUGUUGUUACAAUGACGCUACGGUAUACAAAUUUGAUGACUUAAACAACCCAUGCAUCGAGAACUGCUCUGGCUUACCUUAUGAUGGAGCAUAUGAAGUUUGCUGUGAGGGAAACAUUUAUAACUAUGAGGAAGAGUUUUCUUGUUGUGGUGGAUCAUAUAUCGAUUCAUCCACUGUGGAGUGUUGUGCAGGCAAUGCCUAUCAAUCAAAACCCCAAUAUGAAUGUUGUGGUAUAUUUUAUGUGGAUAUGAGAGAGAAAAGUUGCUGUUCAGGAGCUUAUCCCUACAAAUUUGGAGGCAACAUUCAAUGCUGUGAUGACAGAGAACUUUAUGACACCAGGUUGUCACAAUGCAACUUAAAUAAGGUGAGUUAGCCAACUGUAUUGAGAGUUAUUAUUUUAAAUGAAAAGCAAAUGGUGUCAUGUGAAACCAUUCUUUUGAAAAUACAUGAUUUUACCAAUCAAAGUUCGUUUUUUCUAAUUUUUACAAAUUAUUUGCAAGACUUUGUAUUGGGGUGAAAAAUAGUUCAUGAAAAUCUGUCUUAAUAUUUCAGGAAUUUUGUUAAAUCAGUUUUAAAGCUGUUUUUAAUAUAAAAUAGAUUAUGCAUUUUUAAAAUCCUAUCACAAUCAGAGAGACCAACAUCUUUGUUUACCAUUGACAUGACGACAACUUUGUCAUAUAUUAAUACAUGAAUAACUAAACACACAAUAUUUGUUCAUACAUACAACAGUAGCUUUCAUUACAAUUCAUAAAUAUUUUCAAUUUACAACAGGUUGUUAGCAAAUUCAGUGACACCCAAAAUAUUUGUCUACUGAAAGAUCUAAAGACCUUUGAUCAAAUCACCAAGCAUGGUUGCAGCAGAAAGUUCGGUAAGGCUUAUUAAUAUUAUCUUGCAUUAACUAUUGAUAAUAGUUGAACAUCAUAAACUUUUUUUUUAAAAUAUUGUUUUAAAUUUAUGACUUAUUUUUUAGUUGUUUAAGAUAUCAAAAUGCACAAUUUUAAUCAAAAUAAGGUUAAUACUAUUUAAACAAUUGCCUUAGUUUCAGUGCAUGCUAGUAAAAACAGACAUUUAAUUUUCAAUAUAUUUACAUUUUAUGGUUACUUGGUAUUUGAAUUUGAUGCUAACAUAAAUUCAUCAAUUAAUAUAUUUUAAAAUUAAAAUUCUUGCUAUCUUAUUUUUAUGGUUAGUUCUUAGAUUAAACUUGUCAAGAAGCCACUAAAAUUAAACCUUUAAGAUAAAUCAACUUAUACACAUGUUUUUACAAUAACUAACCUAUAUUGUGGCUAUCUUCACUCAGGUUUCAAAGCAACCGUUGAAACUGUGCAAAUAAAACGGCGUUCAGAACUAAAGCCUGACAUUGUUGAACUUUACCUCACUCGUGUCCAGAGACUGAAAAAUAUGAAACAGCUGCCAAACUUUGGAAGUAAUCAGACUUUAUUGCUCAAAGUAUUUGUCAAAAAACACAACAAAGUCAAGUGCAGACGAAGGUACUUUAAGAAAAUGGAGAUAAUUGUGCUCCUGGAUCAGAAAGCUGAUAGAAACACUAUCAAUGUGAUGGAAAAUUCUAAAUUAUUUAUAUCAAAGUACUCCAAAAGAGCAGAAAAACUUAUAUCAGAAGUUGCACAAUCUUGUAGAUCAAAAUGAAAGCUACUAUUACACCAUGGAGAUAUUUUUAAAUCGGAGAAAAGAUACCAAGAUUUUAAUGCUGUUAAAGAUGACUGUCCCACUGAUUUUACUCAAAUAUUACUUUAUAAAUGCAAGGCUCUUUAUGUUUAAAAAGAAACAAGGAACUUAAUUCAAAUAAGAGAAUUUCUGCAUCCAUAUAUUGUAUUUAGUAAACAAAACACAACCUGAAAGACAGCAGUCUUUGAGAGCCAUUGUACCUUUGUUUAAAAUAUCUGAAACAACUCAUUCUUUAGUCCCAAAUGCAUGAUGUUGAAUUACCAUCUAUGUCAUAGUACUCAUAGUGCUCCAAUACUACAUUCCAGCUAAGUGUAUUUUUUAAAAAUUCUGUUUGAUGGUUGUCUGAUUCUGUUUUUACUGUUGUUUGAGUGCUGAUGAAUGCUUCUUGCCGAAACAUUCGUUGUUUUGCUGCGUUCUUUUUUUUCCAGGUUUUCCCAUACUUUGUCUUGCUCAUUUCCACCUAUGUCAUGCCAUGUUCAGUCUUACGUUAAUCUGCCUACUAAUUUGCUUUCAAGAUUAUUUUGUGUGGAGUCAAUUUACUGAUUUAGCAUUAAUAGCACUAGAUUAACAAAGUUGAGGAAUUUUUAACAAAGGCUCAGGUCUAUGCCAGGGGUGACAUUGCUCUGGUAAAAAAAAAAUGUUUCAUUCUCUAAUCCUCUUAUAGUAUAGAAUAGCAUUAUGGGACUAUUAUAAGCCCUGGGUGUCAUAAACUCAAUACAUCUGUGGCUAUAAGUUCAUCAUGAUUUAGAUUAUGAACUACUUAUAAUCAUUCAUUCAGCUGCAUAGCAUGAAUUAUAAUGUAUAAUGGACUUUUGUUAAAGGUUUAGAUGUUAAUGACAUCAUUGUGUAGCAAAUAGAGAAACAAAAACCUCCCAAACAUUUAUGGCAAUUUUUAUUAAUUAAAUGUGUCUGAAAACAAAGCUAUAUAAUAAAUUUGUACAUUUUAAUUUUGCAAUGAUCAUAUUAUUAAAUUGAAUGAGAUUAUUGUUUUUUUAAGUACUCCACAAAAACUAUUUGUUUCAUUUCUUUUAACCAUGAUCAUAAGUUUGUAUUUAAACAUCAUUUUUGCCUUUUUAUUUAUUUUCUCAACUGUGUUAAGGUUGUUAUAUUUAUUAUAAUCAGUAAGAAGACAUAUUUUUGCAUUGGCAGCUAAAAAUAAACCAGUAACAUUUUUAUAUUGUUAAUACUUAAUUAAUUUUUUUUUAAUGUAUGUUUUAAACCACUACAUUAUUGGAAAUUGUUGGAAAAAAAAUAUUAUUUCUAAAUCUUUUAUUUGUUUACCUUUGGCAGCCAUGACUAACUUCCUUUUCUUGUCCUAUUUCUACUUCCAAAUUCUAUGACAACACUUGGCUGGCAUUGGCUGUAGAGUUUCCUAUUUUGAUUUGACCCACUAUCUGAUAUGUCUUGUCAUUUUCAUUAAAUUCUGUUACAUGCCCUCAGCUCGGUAGGUGACUUUGUGCUACCAAAUACUAGUCAAAGACACAUGUUUGUCUCCACAUCCAUGAUGAGAAUAUCAUUCAAUUCUUAGUAAACAAUAUUUGUUAACUUAUAGUUUACUCCAAACAAUUUUGAUGCCUUUUAAAGCGUUUUUAUCAGAUGUAUUUUAAGUAGUUUUUGCAUGGUUGAAUUUAGUAUUCAUGGAAUGUUUAAACAUGUCAGACCAUUUUUCAUGCUUGCUCAUUAUUUUGUAAAUUUGUAUUUUGCUUUUAUAUCACUAUAUUCAUUUGAUGCUGAAUGCUUGAGGACAUGACCUGUAUCAGAUUUAAUUACAAUUGAAAUGUUUAGUUUUAAUUGAUUCACAUGGAGUCAGUCAUUAGUUCUAAUGAUGUAAUAAGCUUUGUAUGCUUUGCUCUUUUUUUUAAAGUUUCUCUAUUUAUUAUAUUUAUAUAUUAAUCAAACUCUAAAUAUUUGUACAUAGUAAAUAGCUUUACCUGUUAAUUUAAAUGCUUAUUUCUAAUAUGUCUAUAAUGUUUGUGUUGGUAAAUGUUAAACGGUAAUUAUACUAUUCAUUUGGUGUUGAGAAAUCCAGAAAAUUAAAUAUAUAUCAAUCUUACAAUCUAUUUUUAAAAAUUUUUUUUGAGAUAGAGAGAUAGAGAAAGACAGAGAGAGAUAGAGAGAGAGAUAGAGAGAUUGAGAGAUCUAGAUAGAGAGAUAGAGAGAUCAUUUUAAAAAAAUAGAUUGUAAGAUUGAUAUAUAUUUGACUGUUAGCCAUUGAUUACAAGUUUUGGUUAAAUAGUUUUCUUUGAGACAUGGGAAGUAC